AUGAUUACAUUUUGUGUAGCUGAAAGUAUAGCUCCAUUGUAUACUUGUAGAUUAGCACUACCAGAGGUAAAUCCCCCUCCAUAUAUCCAUACCAUGACUGGAAGUGGGCGUUUACUACUGGCAGCAUUUGUAGGUGUCCAUACAUUGAGAUAUAAACAGUCUUCACUCAUUUCGGUAUUAUUGAUCCACAUUCUACCUGCAGGGUUAUUUGCAUCGAAUCCUUCAAAAAUAUACUGCCAACAUGUUGCAGGUAGUUGA